AUGAGGAUUUGCCUUAUUUUGGGAGUCAUUUAUGCCUCAGUUCUCCUGAGUCGUGGCAUACAACCUCUUGGAGGAGGUUACAACAGCCACUGCAGGUGUCAAAAGUUGGAGUCCCGCGUCAUCCCUCAGAGAAGCUUAAGAAGCGUGGAGAUCCUUCGACGGGGACCCCACUGCAGGUUCACAGAAGUCAUAGCUGGUUUGGUGAACGGCAUGAAAAUCUGUCUAGAUCCCCGGACAUUAUGGGUGCGGAAGUUGAUUCGUUUCAUUGAAAAAAGAAACGCCAUGAGAGCAUAA